AUGAAGUCAUAUCUUCUUCUCGCCGUCGCUACUUUCCAGCUGGCUGUCGCUUGCCCGGCCAUUCCUCCUCCUUCAAGAGCUUCGGUCACCACUGCAGUUCCGGAGCCCACGGCCAGUGCCGUCAACCCUCCUCCUGUCAUCGUCAAGGAUCCCACUCCGGAAGACCCGGCCGCAACCCCUGUCAGCACCCCUACGACCGCGGCCGCUACUCCUUCCCGUACCGCCGAAGCCGCCACACCGCCUAAGUCGUCUGCCGGAGAUGACGCCUCGGUCUCUGGAAAAUCGACCUUUUACGGCGGCAACACCCAGGGCGGAAUGUGCUCGUUCUCCACUUACACCAUCCCCUCAGGCCUCUUCGGCACCGCCUUCUCCGGCUCGGCCUGGGACAGCGCAGCCAACUGCGGCGCCUGUGUCCGGGUGACCGGGCCCAACGGCAACUCCAUCACCGCCAUGAUCGUCGACCAGUGCCCCGAGUGUGACAAGGGCCACCUCGACCUCUUCCAAGACGCGUUCGCCAAGCUCGGCGACAUCUCCGCCGGCAUCAUCCCCACCUCGUACACCUUCGUCCCCUGCGGCAUCUCCUCCCCGCUGGUCCUCCACAACAAGUCCGGCACCUCGGCCUACUGGUUCUCGAUGCAGGUGGUCAAUGCCAACGAGCCCGUCGCCAGCCUCGAGGUCAGCACCGACGGUGGGUCGUCGUGGCAGAAGACGCAGCGUGCGCAGUACAACUUCUUUGAGAACCAGAGCGGCUUCGGCACCGAGAGCGUUGACGUCCGCGUCACGAGCAGGGCAGGCAAGACGAUUGUUGUCAAGAACGUCAGUGUGGCAUCUGAUGCUUCUGUGACCGCUUCCUCCAACUUCUGA